AUGGCAAAGCUUUCUCAACGGUCCCGCUGGGUUCAGCUGCGACUUGAGCGUGCUGAAAUCUUCAAGUCACUGAUGCUCAAGGAUGAUCUUGAACCCGUCGUAUCGAGCAACACGAUCUACAGUAUUAUUUACAUGACCACGGAAGCUCUCGCUGAGUCCUUCAACAUUGCCAAAGCCGCCAUCAAGGCUUCUGGCUCUGAAGUCAUGGUUGACGCCGUGCUCAUGGAGGCUCUCUUGGCUGAAGUCUUUGAAGGCUGGGACAUUCCGGCAAGCUGGAAUCGACUUGAUAAUGCUGAUGUAGAUUUCUCCAAUGGGAACGCAGAUUCACAGGCCUCCUACUGCGUCCAUCUCAAUUACUAUCCUCCUUCCCUGCGUUUCUACUAUGCCGAUACCGUCUGGGGCCGGGAGCUGGGCCUUGACGAGAUCAAGAUCAUCUUCCACACUCGCCACGAAAGCAUCUCGCGCCAUGAGCAUAUGGAACUCCUCGAAACAGUUGGCAAGGACAUGCGAGACAUGAUCGCAAAAGAGAAUAAGUCUCGUGCGAUUAGGUACAUUCGCAGGAUGAUCAUUCGCCGCAACAAUGCAACCAUUGACCCGCGUCGUGCGUUGCAACAGCAUCCCGACACAUACCACUUCAUGGAUUUCGAUCUCGAUGUCAUGCAGAGAUACCCGUGGCUGAAUGUUGUGCGUGGCUCGAUCAAAGCGACUCAGGGUUUGUUUUCUUCGAUGCAAGCUGCGUCUGGAGUGGCCCAGGGCAAGGGUAGGCGCGAGAAUUUCAAGCAGAAGCGCAGCGUCCGUUUCCCCGAAGCGACUUGGAAAGAUACUGCUGCAUCAAGCCAGUAA